GUCUCCCUGGACUUCCUCUCCCCCGCAGCCGUCUCCGCGUGGGACCAGGCCAGCUUCGAGCUCUCCGGCACGCCCGGGUCGCCUUCCGCGACCUCCCGCCUGCGCAGCGCCGCGGCGGCGGGCGGCGGCGGCCCGCUGGAGCUGCCCGGCGGCGGCCUGCUGCUCGGCACGCCCGCCUCGGCCACGUUCCAAGCCAACCUGCUGUCGGAGCAGCGCUCCACGCAGAUCGAGGCGGCGAUGCAGCAGUCGCCGCCGGUGCAGCGGCGGCCGGGCGACGCAACGCUCCCGCUGGCGGGCGCCGCGGCGCCGCCGCAGGGGCCCAGCUUCGAGGACGACCUGCGGGCCUUCGAGGCCGCGGCCGUGGAGCUUCGGCGGCGGCUGCUGCUGGACCACCUGAGCCUCGAGAACCAGGAGGAGGCCGAGCAGCGGCGGCAGGAGGCCGAGAGGAGGCGCCAGCAGGAGGAGCGCAAGAAGCAGCUGGUGGAGAAGCUGCGCAACGCCAUGACGCCGAAGAAGCGCGUGGACAUGCGGGUGAAGGAGCUGACCGAGAGCGGCUGGGACCUCGAGAUGUCGGGCCUGACGAUCCCGAUGCAGGGCUUCCGCGGCGCCGCGGCCGCCGGGGGCCGCGCCGAGCACGUGGAGGUCGUCAACGUGACCGCGCUGCAGGGCCGCUGCCUCUGCCUCGGCGCGGGCUCCACGGGCGGCCAGGUGGACCGGAUCCUGCGGCAGCGCUCGCAGGAGAGGCGCUGGGAGGCCCGGGCCAGGGAGACGGGCCGCAGGGCGGUCGACCACGUGGCCCUGAACAGAGCGGAGGGCAGCAUCAAGAAGGCGAGGAGCGAUCGCAUCGGCGAGAUGGCCGGGAGGGCGAAGGCCAUGCAGGGGGAGGCGUCGGAGCGGAGGAGGAGGAGGGCGAUCCAGGAGGUCCAGAGCCAGCUGAAGGCGACGUCGCUCUCGAGGGUCGCUCCGACGGAGAGCACUGGGCGUGGGCUCUCGCCGGCCCGGGACGCCAGCCCGCAAGCCCGCCAGGACGCCGGGCCCGGCAGGCUGCUCUCGGACGCCCCGGUCAUCCCAGAGCAAGCGUCGAGGCGGUCGUCCGCCUCCGCGCCCCUCGCCGCGGAGCUCCUCCACCCAGCGCGGCGGCCGUCGCGCCGCAGCUCCCUCGCCAGCCUCCCCAGCGCCCAGCGGCGCGGCUCGCUGGCCAGCGCGCUGGGCUCCUCGCGCCGCGGCUCGGUGGCGAGCUCCGGGGGCGGCUCGCCCCACCACGGUCGUGGCAGGCGCAGGGCGAGCGCCGUCGGCCGGCUCGAGACGCGCGCGGAGCACCGGAACCCGGGCCGGCUGGGCAGGCUCGGGCUGGCGACCCGCGGGGUCUUCUUCCUCGCCUCCCUUCUCAACGUGGUCCGGGAGCGGCGCCAGGCGGCGGACACGGUGCAGCACUUCUGCCGGCACCUGGCGCAGAUGAACAACCUGGCCCAGGGCGUCAACUCGCUCAUGCGGCGCCUGCGGCGCCUGCAGUUCCACGUGCGCCAGUUCUUCGCCCGGAAGGCGGCCUGGAGCGAGCGCGCCGCGGGCGUGUGGGAGAAGGCCGAGGACGAGUACCUGGAGAGGACGGUGGGCCUCUCCUCCCAGCUGCGGGCCCAGCAGGGGCAGGCGGGCGUGCCCGCCGCCAGGGCGCCCACGCCCGCGCGCGGCAGCCCGGCGGCGCGCGGCACGCUGCAGCAGCCGCGCGGCACCGCCUCGUGGAUGGAGGACGUGGAGAAGCUCGUGGCGGAGAAGGCGGACUGGAAGGCCUUCAGGAUACCGGCGGCGCACCGGAAGGUGGCCCUGGGGCGCUGGUACAUGUCUCGCGUGCGCGCGGUGGUUGCAAGCCAGCAGCGGUGGAACAUGCUGAUCGAGGCCGUGUGCGCCAGCGAGGCGAGCCUGCGCAGCUGGCUGGAGAUCUGCAACAUCAGCUCGCCGCGCCUGGCCGCGACCACGAAGUCCAUGCAGGAGCUGGAGAUGGAGAGGUUCCGGUACCUGCUCGAGAAGAGCAGGCUGGAGGACUUCGUCGCCUUCGGGGAGCAGGACGCGCUGGCGCUCAUCCAUGCCGCCGCCAGGGAGCUGCGGGAGAGCCCGGGGCUCGCGCUGCAGCGGCACCCCGCGAACAGGGACUCGGCCAGCGGGACGCCGGCCCCGCCGAGCCUGCGGAAGCAGACCGCCCGGGGCCCGGGCUCCCUAUCCGGCGGAUCCCGGCCGCCCCCCUCGAUGGUCGGCCCAAGGGCCAGCAGCGCCAGCCAGCUGCGCAGGCCCACCGUGGAGACCAGGCGCCGCCAGGCUCUCAGCCAGAGCUUUCCGCCGCGGCUCGCGGCCGCGGCGGCCGCCGCGGCGAUGGCCGCCUUCUUCUCGGACAGCGACGACGAGAGCGGCGGCUCACUCGAGCGCGAGGCGGGCCCGCCGGCGGCUCCGCACGCCGGCGCGCCGCACGCCGGCGGCGCGACGCCAGCCACGCCGCCCGUGCGCCCCGCGCCCGCGGCGGCCGCCACGUCGCCCGCGCAGCCGCCGCCGCAGCGCGCGGCCGCGGCCGCCGGCAGGGCCGCGCCGGGCCGCGGGCGCGCGGCGGCCGGGCGCACGCCGGGCGGCGGGCGCACGCCGGGCGGGCCGCCCGCCGCCGGCCGCGGCCAGGCGACGGGCGGCGCGGCCCCGCCGGGCAGGCCGGCGGCCGCCGCCGCCGCCGCCGGCCGCGGGCCGGGGCAGGCGGGCGCCGCCGCGGGCCGCGGUGCGGGCGGGCCUGCGGGGCAGGCGGGCAGGCAGGCGGCCGGCGGGCCGGCGGCGCAGGCGGCGCGCACGCCGGCGGCGGGGCAGGCGCGGCGCGCCUCGCAGGGGCGGCAGGGCGGCGGCAUGCCUGUGGCCGGGCGCCCGGGCGCGGGCUCGGAGCAUGCGGAGCUGGAGCAGAAGGUGGCGGAGCAGAGGAGGACGCUGGCCAGCUGGGAGCAGAGGCGCAACUCCCUGAGGAAGAAGGCGGAGACCGAGGAGCAGCGCACGGCGGCCCUGGAGGCGGAGAAGCAGGAGAACGAGAGCAGGUGGGCUGGCUGGCAGCACAGCUUCGAGGCCGAGACGGAGGAGGAGCAGCGGGCGCUCGAGCUUCAGCUGCUCGAGUGGUGCCCGAUGCAGCGCGAGGACGACUCGGCGGCGCUGCAGCGUGCGCUGCUGGACGACGUGGCCCGCGCGCGUGACGCGUUCCGCGGCCAGGCGGACGCGCUGCUGGAGUGCAACAGGCACCUGGUCGAGGGCAACCGGCUGCUGCAGGGCGUCGCGUCGGAGCAUUCCGCCGAGCUGGCGGAGCUUCGGGCCAGGGCCGCGCGGCUGCGGCACGAGGAGCCGAAGCGGGAUGCGAUGUGUGUGGUCCACGGGCUGUACGCCAAGCUGGGCCAGGAGGAGCUGCGCGAGGAGCUGCUCCGGCUCAACGCCGCGCUUGCGGCCCCCGCCGCUGGGCGCCACAGGAGGCUGCAGCGCCUGAGCGAAGAGGCGGCGCAACUGCGGGCGGAGGAGGCGGAGAACGCGCGCCUGCACGAGGCGGUGCUGGACGAGGUCGCCGCCCAGAGGUCGAAGCUGGAGGCCCUGGCGCGGGGUGGCCCGGAGCAGGCGCGGCCCGGGCCGCACGCGGGCGCCGAGAGCUGCGCGGAGCCGGCGUCGAGCGAGGCCAGGCUGGAGGCGGCAUUGCGGCACCUGCAGGAGGGGCAGGCGGCGACCGCUGCUGCGCAGGCGGCCGAGAGGGAGGGCAGGCUGCGGGCGGCGCGGGCGGAGGCCGCGCGGGCCCUCCGCGUGGAGCACGAGCUGCUCACGGAGCUGCAGGCGGCGCGGGAGGCCAAGGGCUCGAGCCCGGGGCGCUUCUGGCCGCUCCCGCGGGAGGGCGUCGUGCGCUACGCCGUCCACGACCUGCCCCCCUCGCCGCCGCUGCCGGGGCCCCCGACGCGGGCGACGCAGGACUCCACGCCUCCGCCGCCGAGCCCCCUCGGCGGCAGCGCGCAGGGCUGCGGCGCCCCGUCGCCUCCGGGCGAGCAGGGGAGCGGCGCCGCGGCAGAGGCGCGCCCCGGCGCGGCGCCGCGGCAGCGGUCGCCGGCCUCGGCGGCCGAGGGCCCGCUGCGGCCCGUGCGGAGCGUGGUGUCCAGCCGGCUGGCGCUGGGGGAGCAGCUGCGGCGCUGGCAGGCGGAGCGGCGCAGGCCGAGCGGCUACGGCCUCGCUGCGGCGGGCGAGGUGAGCCUCAUCACCGCAGAGAUCGAGCACGUCGACUGCGACGCGCUGGACGCGCUGGUGAAGGAGGGCGUCGAGGUGCAGCCCUCCCCCGACACGAUCCGCCUGAUCCAGGACAAGUUGAACCAGAAGCUGCACUUCGAGGCUCACGGGGUGGCGCUGGGGCCCUUCAUGGACACGCCCAACGAGGACGCCAUGCGUAAGGCCGGCGACAAGUUCGGCUACCCCUACAUGCUCAAGGCCCGGAAGGGCGCCUACGACGGCAAGGGCAACGCCGUGGUGGCGUCCGCGGAGGGCAUCCCCGCGGCCCUGGCCAGCCUCGGCGGACAGGCGUGCUACGCGGAGAAGUGGUGCCCCUUCGAGAAGGAGGUGGCCGUCAUGGUCGUGAGGAGCAGCAACGGGGACACGCGCUCCUACCCAGUGGUGGACUUCACCGCGAAAAACAGCAUCUGCCACACCACCAUCUGCCCUGCUGCGUCCCCGCCGGGCGUACAGGAUGCCGUGCGCGAGGUGGCCACGCAGGCAAUCCGGAGCCUGGGCGCCGGGGCGUCGGGCAUCUUCGGCGUGGAGCUCUUCCUGUUCUCGGACGGGUCCGUCACCCUGAACGAGGUGGCGCCACGCCCGCACAACUCCGGCCAUUACACCAUGGAGGCUUGUGGCUGCGAUCAGUUCGAGGCGCACGUGAGGGCCGUGAUGGGCCUCCCCCUGCCGGACGACACCAGCCUCCGAGUGGGCGCCGCCUUGAUGAUCAACGUCGUCUCGCACGUGACCGAGCCCACGGCGGCGACGCCUGCCGCAGAGUUCGCGCGCCUGUGCAGCGUGAAGGGGGCCGGGGGCCACUGGUACGGCAAGGCGUCUGCAUCCAGGGGCCGUAAGAUGGCGCACGUGACGGUCUGCGCCCCCAGCGUCGGCGAGCUCGUCGAGCGGCUCGCCCCCGUGGCCGACCUCGUGGGGAUAGGCAUGCCCAAGGCGCCGCCGCAUGUGGGCGUCAUCAUGGGGUCGGACAGCGACCUCCCGUGCAUGAAGGAGGCCUGUGACGCGCUCAGGGAGUUCGGGGUGCCCUACGAGUGCACCGUGGUCUCUGCGCACCGCACUCCGGACCGCAUGGUGCAGUACGCCAGGGAGGCAGCAGGCCGCGGCCUCCGCUGCAUCAUCGCGGGUGCCGGCGGCGCCGCCCACCUGCCGGGGAUGGUGGCGGCGCUCACCACGCUGCCCGUCAUCGGGGUCCCGGUGAAGACCUCUGCGCUGUCCGGCGUCGACUCCUUGUACAGCAUCGUGCAGAUGCCGAAGGGCGUGCCCGUGGCCACCGUGGCCAUUGGCAAUGCCAGGAACGCGGGCCUCCUCGCGGUCCGCAUGCUCGCCGGGUGCGGCGGCGACGCCGCGCUGCUGGCCAGGCUGGCCAGGGCGCAGGAGGAGUCCCGCCGGGAGGUGGAAGACAAGGCCGCCUCCCUGGAGGAGCUUGGCGAGGCAGCCUACCUCGAGCGGUCUGGCAAGAAGUCGGCCACCGUCAUGUGA